GGUCAUCUUAUAAUACUUUGACUGCACUCAGGACCAGUCUUUGUCCCUCCUCUUAACAUACUUGCAGCCAAAACUGAGUAUUGCUGCCUGGGGGCCUCCUUCUAGCCUUAAAUUUCAGCUCAUCAUCUUCAGCUGCAUUGGUCAUGGCUCUGCUAUUCUCCUUGAUUCUCACCAUUUGCAUCAGACCUGGAUUCCUAGCGUCUCCGUCUAGAGUGCGGCUGGUGGGGGGCCCCCACCGCUGUGAAGGGCGGGUGGAGGUGGAACAGAAAGGCCAGUGGGGCACCGUGUGUGCUGACGGCUGGGACAAAAACGAGGUGGCUGUGUUGUGCCGGGAGCUGGGCUGUGGCGAUGCCAACGGAACCCCCAGCGGUUAUUUAUAUGAGCCACCAGCAGAAAAAACCCAAGAGGUCCUCAUCCAAGAGAUCAGAUGCACAGGAACAGAAGAUACAUUGGCUCAAUGUGAGCAAGAAGCAGCUUAUGAUUGUUCACAUGAUGAGGAUGCUGGGGCCUCGUGUGAGAACUCAGAAAGCUCUUUCUCCCCAGUCCCAGAGAAUGUCAGGCUGGCUGAUGGCCCUGGGCACUGCAAGGGACGCAUAGAAGUGAAGCACCAGGACCAGUGGUAUAGUGUAUGCCAGGCAGGCUGGAACCUCCGGGCCACAAAGGUGGUGUGCCGGCAGCUGGGAUGUGGGAGGGCUGUACUGACGCAGAAACGCUGCCACAAGCCUGCCCAGGGCCAAAGACCCAUCUGGCUGAGCCAGAUGUCAUGCUCAGGACGAGAAGCAACCCUUCAGGAUUGCCCUUCUGGGCCUUGGGGGAGUAACAGCUGCAACCAUGAUGAAGACACAUGGGUGGAAUGUGAAGAUGCCUUUGCCUUGAGACUAGUAGGAGGAGACAAGUUAUGCUCUGGGCGACUGGAGGUGCUGCACAGGGGCGUAUGGGGCUCUGUCUGUGACGAUGGUUGGGGAGCAAAGGAGGACCAGGUGGUAUGCAAGCAACUGGGCUGUGGGCAGUCCCUCUCUCCCUCCUUCAAAGACCGGAAAAGCCAUGGCCCUGGGGUUGGCCGCAUCUGGCUGGAUGAUGUUCGUUGCUCAGGAGAGGAGCAGACCCUGGAGCAGUGCCAGCACAGAUUCUGGGGGUAUCAUGACUGCACCCACCAGGAAGAUGUGGCUGUCAUCUGCUCAGAAGAGUAUCCUGGCGUUCUCCAUGCUUGACCUGGCCCCACUGGCCCUGCCUGCUCCCUGCUUGUUCUCCUGGGCUCUGAUUAUCCUUGUCCUCAUGCUGGGCCUCAGGCUUGAGGUUGAAAGUGGCUUGAGCCACUACUCCCUCAUCUGCUCAGGAGUCUGGGCCUAUGCCUUGCUCUCAGGGACAGACUUCCCGAUUGCUGCCUGUGUAUGUGAGCUGUUGAGUUACUCUUGCUGGGGAAGAUGAGCUUCCAGGUAUUCUGCGCUCACCCCUGACCCUUUGGCAUUGGUUCUGGCCUCUCCUGCCUCUUCCCAAGCUGCCUGGAUUCCUCAGGCAUGUCACUUUGACCGGAAGUAAAGAUCAUUACUGAGGCAAGGUCUGUGUCUGCAAACAACAUGUAAGGAAUGAAACAAUGAAAGGAGCAUUUGAAAGGAAAUGUGGGUAGACAAUUUCCUGAAACUUGAGGGAAAGCUUAGAAUCAUUUUGAUUGAACUUUUUUUUUUUCUUCUUCUCAAGCUUAAGGUGAUCACCACGGCAACACUGCACUAUCCUGCUGUUUCUUCAUGUAGGUAGACUAUUCUUUCAGGAGCAGAGGAGUGUCCUAUAAUCCUAGACCUUUGCAUGACACUUAAAAAACAGUGUUUCAUCCUCUGAUUGCCCCAAUACAAAUUUGUGUUUAUCAUCCCUAUACAACCUGCUAACAUGGUUGACAUUUAACAAGAGGAAUGUCAAAAAGACACUUUACUUUAUUCAAAGAAAAAUAUAUUGGUUACUGGGAAAAGGCCCAGAAAGAGGCAGAGAGAGGUCAGGGAAGGAUAAAGUUGUGUCUUAUGCCAAGCAGAAAAUAUCAUUUUCACUUUCUCAGCUGAGACUUUGGGGCCUGUAAGCCUGAGGCAAGACGGAAUAAUACAAAGGAGAGAAUCAAGAUUUGAUAGUAAAAAUUGACUUUAGACUCUGAGUCUAGGCUGAGUACUUAUCAUAUGGCUAUAUUUACACAUUUACGCUUGCCAAAUAAAUCAGACUUCACAGUCU